CCAUCACGUGACGUGGCUAAUCCGGAAACAAAUAUGGCGGUCGAUCGAUCAUUCUUGCAAAAUAUGGGAUUCCUAGUCGAUUUUAUCCCUUGAAAAUAUUACCAUAUUUGCACGAUGUUCCAGCGUCAGAGGAACUGGAUAUCUGACGUGCUAUGGAGACCGAAAAAAGCUCAUUCCUUGGAGCAAUUGAGGUACCUCCAUUAUGUGUUGAACAAGAACUCCACCAUCAAUGAGACCAACAGGGGUCUCCUGGUAGAGACCCUGAGAUCCAUUGCAGAGAUCCUUAUCUGGGGGGACCAGAAUGACAGCAGAGUGUUUGAUUUUUUUCUGGAGAAGAACAUGUUGAUGUAUUUCCACAAGAUGAUGAACCAGCGCUCCAACAACCAGAUCUGCACUCAGUUAUUACAGACGCUCAGUAUCUUGUUUGAAAACAUCCGCAAUGAGACAUCGCUGUAUUACCUUCUUUCCAACAACCAUGUUAACUCAAUAAUUAUCCACAAAUUUGACUUCUCUGAUGAAGAGGUGCUGGCAUAUUAUAUCUCAUUCUUGAAGACUCUCUCACUGAAGCUUAACACACAGACCAUACAUUUCUUCUUCAAUGAGCGCAAGAAUGAUUUCCCACUGUACACAGAGGCAAUCAAGUUCUUUAACCACUCAGAAAGUAUGGUCAGGAUUGCUGUACGUACAUUAACACUCAAUGUUUACAAAGUUGGAGACCAGAACAUGCUAAACUUCAUUAGAGACAAGACUGCUGAUCCUUAUUUCUGGAAUCUUGUCUGGUUUAUUGGGAACCAUGCAAUAGAACUGGAUAAUUGUGCUCAGAAAGAGGCGGAUCACCUAAGAUGCAACAACCUGAAAGACAUUGUCGCAGACCACCUUGAUCACCUGCACUACCUGCACGACAUACUAAGCCUGGACAUCCAGGACCUCAGCUGUAUCCUGACUGAGCACCUCCUUGACCGGCUGCUAAUACCAUUGUACGUGUACUCCCUGGUCAAGAGGAGACCAGAUGCUGGCCAGGAUACUCCAAGGAUAAGCAGCCUCGUAUCUCUCUUUCUCUUGUCACAAAUCAUGCUGAUCAUGUCGUACCCUCCCCUGGUCUCCAGUCUUGUGGAUAUUAUUCUAAAUGGUGACGAAGUGGACCUAGGGGACACUCCCGAGGCAUCCCCUCUGCCUCUCAAGAAGGCUGGGUCAAAAUCCAACUCUGUAGCCAGCAUUAGGACCUUCCAGGGCCCAGAACAGACCCUUGAGGAAUCCCUUGUGGCAAGAGGAGUGAACACUGAGGGCUACAUGUUUCUAGGCAAGGCAUCAAUGCUCUCGUUGUCACGUGACAGGCACAGAUCCAUGCAUGUGGCUAAUUCUAAGUUCUAUGUAAAAGAUAACAAGCGCAAGUUGAGGUAUGAUGGGAAAGACUUUGAGGAGAAAUCCACUGGAGCAACAAAGCUAAAUGGUGUAACAGUCCCCCUGACAGACACUCCCUUAGGCGCUCAUGAAGUAGAUUCACUGGGUGCGGUUACCACAGCGGGAGAGGCCACCAAGCACCUCACAACUGAUGAGAAACCAAAUUGGAGGGAGCAGAGUGAAGACAGUGGAAGAUUCCCCAUUGGCAUGCAAGUAAAGAGCUUUGUGAGACGAUGUGCUGACUUUAACCCUGACAGGUUAUUUUUCGAGGCCUUGAGGAAUAGCUUGGAGUGCUCCAACAACGACGGUGAAGCUCUGUUUGCUCUCUGUGUUGUGCAUGCAGCUAUCAAUAAUAGAGGAGUGGACAAGCGCUUGCUUCACUCUGCGGGAAUUUCUUCUAUACAGGAAAAAGUUGCUUAUAACGAGCCCUUGGUUGAUGAUAUUAUCAGAGUUUUAGAUCAGGGAUGUAGGAAUGGCAGCCGAGUGCGGACCGUGACUGUCGAGAUGGCGAUUAUUCUCCUCAAACAACUGGUCCAGCACAAGGAGAAUGACGGCAAAGUGACGUCAUAUCUAUUGGAUAAUCACUUGGCACUUAUCGAGAAUGUCCGGGAAGCCAGUACAUUGCAACUCAGACAUUUCUACAAGGAGGAUGAGAUGUUUCUGGAUAUGUUUGAAGAUGAAUUUAGACAAAUGAAGAGUAAGCCAUUAAAUGUGGAACAUCUUAUGAUGGACGCAACACUCCUUCUACCCAUCACGGGAACACCGCUGACCGGCAUAGAGUUCUCCAAGCGCCUGCCGUGCGGUGAAGUGGAACACACUAGACGAGCCAUCCGAGUGUUCCUGAUGAUGCGUGAGCUUUGCCUCGCUCUGAUGGGCAGACAAGAGACACGGCUACCGCUGUCCAAGGUUGAAUAUUCAGUGCAUCUCGAAGACGUCCUUGAUCUCAAUAACAGUGACUUGAUCUCGUGCACUGUGAAAACGGAGGAUAAGCGUAUGCGGCGAUUCCUGGUGAUAGACGAAGCUCAGUUUAUCCUCGUGGAACCUGACACUACAAAGCUGGGGUGGGGCGUCGUAAAGUUCGUGGCACGGCUACAGGACGUGGAGACUGCGCCUGACAAGGAGGACAGUCGAUCUCUCUUUAUUACCAUUCAUCAACCCUUCGCCGUCCGCAGUCUGACAAAGGUCCAUGCCCGUCCCAUCUUAUCCGCCAAGUUUGUGUUUGACGACUACAUUCGCUGCAUGUCUGCGCGCCAGAGACUCCAGCGCCGACGCACAAUGCUCAAGCAAGAUAAACUUCACAACAUCGCACAACUGCUGGAGCUACCAGCAAUGGCCACACCUCCCUCACACUACUACACUAUCACACCACCGGCCUACAUAAACAUGGGCUCUAGCAUCCCUUAUGUGGCAUCGCCGUCUCAUGACUCAUCCAGCUCCUCUGAUUCGGGGCACCGUUACGAGGCUAGUGCGCUUGCACAAAGUGGAACUCCUAGUAAGGGUCGAUCCACAUCGCAGGCUCAGGCAUUAGCCAAUGUUCUGGAACAAUCGCCUCCCGAAUCGCAAGAUCGUGAUUUGGACUCAAGGACCAGGGCUAUAUCUAUCGAGCAGGCAGAGGAUGCACUGGAAAUGGUCCCUCGGUCCGAGUCCCUAUCCGAGAAAUCUCAGUCGCACCCUGUUUUAGACCGCUUUCGCGACCAAGUAUCGAUUAGUGAUUACUCUUCUUCCGAGCCGAGCAGUAGAUCCGAUAGUUUAGAGAACAUCUGCGGGGCUGUUCGUGCCGCCAAGAAUAAGUACCAAUCACAGUCUGCCCCAGCCACCCCCCGUGGGGGUCGGCACGAGUUCUCGAUGAAUCCUGAUGAUGAGUAUGGGGGCUUUGAGGUUUCAUGCAAGUGCAUGUCAGAUCCCGCCCUAAUGUUCACCCAAGAAUGGCAGACUCUAGACCAUCAGCCAAAACAGACAGACAAAGCCAGGAAAUCUAGUAAAAAUAAUGGGGGCAAGAAGAAGACAAAUCGACGCAAAAAAACGAACUCAAAGCGCAGGUCGACCAAAUAAGAUGGUCAAACGAAGAUUAUAUUGAAUAAUCUAUAUAAUGAAAAUACAGUGAAAUUCAGAAUGAAAAAGCAACCCUAUCGUAUUGGCAUUGAUUCAAAUCUUUUAGAAUACAGUAAAAACCCGCGUAUACGAAUCUUACCUAUAAAAAUAAUUUAGACUAAAAGGUUAUAAUUCAAGCAAAAUAGAGCACGUAGGAUUGCUAUUUUUUUUAUAAAUAAAGGAUUCAAGUGCCCCAAUAAAAAGUGAAAAAAAAAACACAAAAAAGUAAGGAGAGAAUUGCAUUAGACCAUGAGUAAUGCAAAACUUAUGAGAAGAGUACCCGGUAUUCCUAAAAAGCACCGUUUAUACAAGAACCUGUGCAGCUAGACGACAAGUCGUACAAUCAUUGAGUUAAAUGUUGAUAUUUUUUUCCAUGGGAAAGGCUUUCAUAAUGUUCUGAUUUGAGGUCGCUAUACACGGGUUUUAACUGUACGGUAUAGUCAUAAUGAAGAUAUAUAGAAUAUAAGAAUAAAAUGUUAGAGUUUGUACAUG